GCCAGCCGUGCUUCCUUGUUUAUCUGCUUCCUCAGGUGCUACAUUCUACAUCUAUUUCGUAACUUCUUCAAACCGAAUGCAAUCUGCCCCGCGUGUAGCUGUUACGUUAUACUAGGCUACAACUAUUUCCAGGUGGUGUUAUAUUUUUUUUAUUAAAGCAGAGAUCACACACUUUGGAAUAUAUUUUAGUUUGUAAAUUUGGGUUAUUCUUCAUUCGCUCUUACCAUAGAACUCGAAGGUAAAUAGAGCCAACCUCUUGCGGGCCCACCGAGUAAGUUGUUCUUUUUUUUAGUGUCCCUCAUAAAUUGUCCUUAAUAUCUAAAAAAAAGAAAGAAAAAGCGGUCUGUUUCUCAAAGAAGUGUAGGAAAACACCAGUAGGUCCUUGGAAUAACAUGGACCUAGACAGUAAACGGUUGGUGGUGGUGGUACCGAAUGAAGUUUCAGUGGCCUCCCGCAAAGUGUUCAGCAGUGAGGAUGAAGCUUGGAAGAGCUACCUGGAGAACCCACUGACUGCUGCCACAAAGGCCAUGAUGAGCAUUAAUGGAGAUGAGGAUAGUGCAGCAGCACUGGGACUGCUGUAUGACUACUACAAGGUCCCUAGAGAGAGGAAGUGCUCCUCCAGCAGUGUCAAAACCUCAGACACCUCUGCUGUAGAAACCUCUGUAUCCAGUAACUACAGGAGUCUGGAUUUGGUAGAUCCCCAUUACCACACUCUGAGAUUGAUGCCUGUCAACCUUUCCCUAAACAAUGGCAACACAGGAGAACUUCAUGGCUCCAAGCAUGUAGCAGCAGGUCUUACAGCAGAUAACAGAAGAGGAGACACUAAAGAUGUAGUCAGUGGACCGCUUUCCCUGGUGAAAGCAGAGGGCCACACAUCCAUACCUAUUUCUUGUUCGGGUGGCUCUUACCAACAAGGACCUAGAGACCAGAUAAGGUUUGGUCAUGAGAACUGCUAUGAUUUGUCCCACGAUGGUUACCUGAAAGAUGAGCUAAGUAGCACCCCAGACAGCACGUAUGACGACACAGUGGAGGGAGAGAUGUUUCAGGGAAAUCCUGCCUCAGAAGGUGAUGCACUCCAGUCUGUCUUACCUGUGGACAGUUUCAAGUACAUUCUGGAUGCCAGCAUGUCGCUACGGCCACGGCAAGGAGAAGGACCUAUGGCUUACUUGAACCGGGGCCAAUUCUAUGCUUUGACGCUCUCUGAGUCUGGUUUGAAAUCAUCCCUUUGUCAGCCCAAAGGCAAAGUACACGUAAGUCGAGCAACACCAUCACAAGGACCUGUGGAGAACCCAUCCGGUGCCAUGGGAGGUUCUGAACUGCAGUGCAGCAGCGUUGUACAGAGUGUCAUAAUGGUUGUCUUUGGGGAAGACAAGUGCAGAGAUGAGCAGCUAAAAAAUUGGAAAUACUGGCACUCCCGCCAGCACACUGCCAAACAGAGGGUCCUGGAACUCGCUGACCACAAGGAGAGCUUCAGUACAAUCGGAAACGUGGAGGAAAUUGCCUAUAAUGCUGUAUCUUUUACCUGGGAUGUCAGCGAAGAAGCCAAGGUCUUUAUUUCUGUGAACUGUCUGAGCACAGACUUCUCAUCACAGAAAGGGGUGAAGGGCAUGCCUCUCCUUAUCCAGAUUGAUACCUACAGCUACAACAGUUGCAGCAGCAGACCCAUCAGCAGGGCCUUUUCUCAGAUCAAGGUCUUCUGUGACAAGGGUGCAGAGAGAAAGCUGCGUGAUGAGGAGAAGAAACUAUUAAGGAAAAGGACAAAAGGGAAAAUUGGCAUUGCAGGAUCAACCUCCCUCACCAAGAGGGCUGAAAGCACUCUGCUUAAAGGCAUAUUUGACCUGGACUCCCAGCCGGUUCUCUUCAUCCCUGAUGUCCACUUUGGGAACCUGCAAAGAGCGGGACAGGUGUUUGCGUUGAACACUGAGGAGGUAUUCAGAGACAGAGGUGUUCCGGUGAGGAGGCUGCCAUGUCAGGAAGAUAUCUCUCCACCCCAACAAAAGAAGUCCAAACUGGAGCUAGAUAGGAAAGUUCUGCUAUAUGUGAGGAAGGAGUGUGAUGAAGUGUUUGAUGCCCUAAUGCUACAUGCACCAACACUCAAAGCACUUAUAGAGGCUAUAUCAGAGAAAUACUCUCUGCCUGUUGGUAAGAUGGCCAAGGUUUACCAGAAAAGCAAAAAAGGAGUCCUUGUAAACAUGGAUGACAACAUCAUCCAGCACUACUCCAAUGAAGACACCUUUAUCCUUGCUAUGGACAGUUCAUCCGACUUCUUCCACAUAACUCUCUCAGAGAUUUGACCCAUACCAACUGCAUUACCGUAUGCAGCAGUCAUGACUUGACUCCUUGCCCAAACAGAGUGGAUGAUUGUUACAUGACGAUGUUACAUGAUGCAGUGGCAAGCCGUGUACAAAAAUAACCAAAACAAAAAACCCCAACAAAGACAUAAUAAAUGCAAACAAUUUAACAAUUAAAAAGUGACCACCAGGCAUCAUUAUCUGAAGGCUUUGCACAUGUUUGUCUCAUUACGUUUUGCAGCACUCCAUCGGAUACUGGCUAAAUUCCUCCCAGCAGGGAAAAAGAAAUCUGCGUCAUCUGAUAAAAAAUUAUGUUGAACAGACAACUUGCUUUAGGUGGAAUUUUUGCCUUUGGAAAGAUUGAAAUCCAAGGAUUUUGGUGUUGAGUUGAAAACGCGUGUUAAUGUCUUCUGACCCUUACCUAACAACUUUCCUAACAUUUUGUUUGAAUCCAUCUUCUACUAGUACAAGUGUUAUCAAUAUCAACAUAAAGCUUGAUCUAAUUCAGUAGAAGAAAACAAAGCUCCUGUCGUUCUUUCCAUUGUCUCUACUGGUAGUAGAUGUAAAUGAUUUGAUUGCAUGCAUUAAAAACUCUUGUUUCACAUGUCUGCAAAACAAAUUUUGCUCCUAAACAAAUCAACAAUUAGUGUGGUUCUUUGUUUUGAUGUGUUUGUAAGUAUUUGUUGAUGCUUCUGGAAAGUUGCUCUGGUUACUUAAUAUGUGUAAAAGAUAAUGUGUUCAAGCCUUUAUUAGUGUGUUUCUUUUAAUGAUUUUUUUUCCUUUUUAACAUACCAAAGUUUCCAAAUUUUACCAGUGAAUAAAUGCUUAUCUAAGGUUUUAAUAAACAUUGUUGCCUCGGAAUCUAAGAUGACAUGAUUUACUAGUAUUGUGCCCAGAUUGUUUUUCCACUGGAAAGAAAGACUGUAAUCUUUAGUAUUUAUGACAUUAGUAGAGUGCUCAAAAGUUUCAUAUGUAUGAACACAUUUCUGUGGCAGUAACAAAGCGUUCAAUAGAAGAAUACAUUGUUCCACCUCCAUGUUUGUGUUUAUGCCCAAUUCACCAGCAGCUUCUGUAUCCUUUAUGUUUUAUACACCAUAAUGCACAGUGCUUUAAUUUAGCCAAUAAAUAUAGUUUUCUAUUAAGGCAA